GCGGCGAGUGCUCCCACACCUGGUGGCUAUGGAGUUGCGCCGACUCCAGGUGCUGGUCCUACGUAUGACGACGAUGACUGAAGGACGUUCUCGUGAGUAUCAAUGUGGUUGUGCAGGGUCUGCUUUUUGGGCAUCUAUGGCGUUUAGGAGGGGUCUGUACAAUAAAUCAAAGGCUCGGUAAUGAAGGAAGUGAAAUCUGGUUCCAUCUAUUCGCUUAGUCGAGCUCAUCUUGAUCCGCAGCUGUGGUACUACUAUCUUGGUGCUGUUGAUGUUGAAGUGAGUGACACGGCGUUCGCGCGCUCCAGUGCCGAACUCCGGAGCCUUCAAAUCCUACACCUAAAGACGCGCGCUGCCUUGCCUUUUCCACGUCGACCGCAACAUCGUCAUCAUCAUGAAUCCUGCACCAGCACCACGAGCACUCAUAUGCAGAGGUCUCGGGGCCCUGCGAAACAGCACGCGAUGCUACGCCACCGUCAAGAAUAUGUCGCCGCAGGCCCGGGCAGCAGCCCGAGCGGCGCAAGCCUACAAGGCGCAAAAGAGCCAACCGGACGAGGAGUACGACGACAUUGCAGCGCGCGCUCCCCUCAAAAAGCCGUCGACAUCGGGCCUGGGGAUUCCUAGUGCUGUCCCCUCGUCUUCCAAGAAGCCGAAUCUUUCUCCACGAUCGUCACGCGACCGACCGGACGCCGCCACGACGGAUGCUCAGGCCACGAUGGGAGAAGCCGCAGCACUCGCGGAGCGGCGCGAAGCCCAGCUUCGAUACGUCCGGCUCCAGCGAAUCAAGGCUGAGGAGCAGGCGAGGGGGCUGGCGACCGGGGAGAAGACAUAUGACCAGCGAUACAAGGAGCUGAGCAGGAGGUGGUUGGGCGGCAUGGUCGGGCUGCCGCUGCUGUUGGUGACGAGCUACUAUCUCUUUGACCGAUUGUUUUUGGGGGGCGAAGCCAAGCCUAUACCCAAGUAUGGCGACGAUGACUAGACUAAGGAUGCUGUUGGAAGCGAAAGUCUUGUAUUACCUGUAAUCAUUUACUUGGAAUGGACGUCGACACGCGAAACGCAAGAUAGGUCCUCCAGCGAUGUUACCGACUGGUGCGUUCAUCGGGUCUGCGCAGUCCAUAAUGUAGGGGCAUGUAUCAUAUAUCUGCAUACGCACUUGUAUGAAUGAGAGCGAGCCGUCGUGCGGCACAAUGCAAUGCUUGGCCAACGCUGUGAGUGCAUCUGUGAUA